AUGUCUUCGGCGGAAUCUCAAGUACCUGCGCAUCAACAAUCCAGCUGGUCCAGCUUCGUAAAGGGAUUAGCAUCCUGGUCAGGUGACCUCUCUAGCCUAACUGCCCCAUCUUUCAUUCUCUCGCCUACAUCACUCACUGAGUUCCCUGCAUACUGGUGUGAGCAUCCUGAUGAAUUUGCCGCUAUUUCCUCAGGUAAAACCCCUGAAGAGCGUGCUAAACUUGUGUUACGCUGGUUUAUCCUCACACUCAAAUGUCAAUACGCUACCAGGAACGAGAAAAUGGGCUCCGAGAAGAAACCUCUAAACCCAAUUCUUGGUGAGACCUUUUACGGUUCUUGGCCAGAUACCAAUGGACGGGGCAAGACUGAUUUGACUGUUGAGCAAGUUUCGCACCAUCCUCCAAUUACUGCUUUCUACAUUAACAAUGAAAAAGCAGGGGUCUCAUUAGAAGGACACUCAGGCCAAAAGACAUCAUUCAGCGCACCUUCAAUCAUAGUUAAGCAAGUUGGUCACUCAGUCUUGUCUGUUAAGCUUGAAGAUGGCUCAGUCGAAGAUUACUUGAUCACAUUACCAAGACUGAAAAUUGAUGGUAUCUUAUACGGGAAGCCUUACAUUGAACUAACAGAACUCAGUUAUAUCGUUGGAUCUAAUGGUACUUGUGUAACCAUAGAUUAUAAGGGUAAAGGCUGGCUAUCUGGUAAAGCCCAUUCUUACAAAGCCUCCCUCACAAAGGACUCAACAUCAAUUGCAAACCUUGAAGGUCAAUGGACUGGCACUACCAAAGACACAAAGGGUGAUUUGAACAUUGAUGCUCAAAUUCCAAAGGAAGAAGUUACUGUUAAGCCACUUGAAGAGCAACAAAUUCCUGAAUCUAGAUUAGUGUGGAAAGACGUUGCAGAUGGCAUACGUAGUGGCAACUACGAUAAAGCUGGCAAGGCUAAAUCAGCGAUUGAAAAUGAUCAACGUGCUAAGCGUAAGGAUGAAGCGGCUGAAAACAAGAAGCAUGAGUUGAAGCACUUUAAUCACGUCGAUUCUGACGAAAUCUACGCAAAGUUGAUCAAAGAGGUUUCAAGCACAUUACCAACUUCAGAGGACGCGUACAAAAUUAAGCGUGAGAAUUAA